AUGGCCCCCAUCAACUUGCUCACUCGUCUCAGGACGCUUUACUCCAAGGAUUACGAUGAACCAGCUAUCUCAACGGCAGCAGCUGCUUUCUUCUCGGUAAGCGAUCAAGACAGCUCGUUGAAAUGCGGAUUCCAGGUUUUCCUGACUCUUCUUUACGUGAUUCCAUUCUACGUGAAUGUCACUACCCGGCCUUCCCCCACUCUGAGUCGCGAUGCACCAUCAGUGAUCCGCGCGCGAAUCCGCAGCGUGACCCUGUCAUGCAUCGCGAGCACGCUCAUCGUCGCAUGGCUGAUCAUCGGCAAAGACGACGGGUCUCUGACGGCGGCCCUCAAACUCCUGGGGUGGUGGCCCAUCAGCUUUGCCGACAUCUUCCGCAGCCUGCUGCUGACAGCCAUCCUCUUCGCGGGGCCAUUGUUCGAAAGAGGCAUCGCGGAGGGCGAAUGGAGGGAGUGGAUCCAGGGUAGCCGCAUCAGCGCGUCCUUGCGCAGCUGGAUCGGCUGGAGGAACUACGUGGCGGGCCCAAUCACCGAGGAAAUCAUGUUCCGCUCAGCGAUUGUCCCGCUGCAUCUGCUUGCCAAGGUGUCUUCGGGCCACAUCGUCUUCGUCGCACCCCUGUACUUUGGCAUCGCACACGUGCACCACUUCUACGAGUUCCGCCUCACCCACCCCGACACCUCGGUGAUCGCAGCGUUGCUGCGUUCCAUCUUCCAGUUCGGCUACACCACCGUCUUCGGGUGGUAUGCCACUUUUCUUUACCUGCGCACCGGGUCGCUCCCGGCGGUCAUUCUCGCGCACACCUUCUGCAACUGGUGCGGACUGCCCCGGUUGUGGGGGCGGGUCGAGGCAGGCGUACCCAUUGGGCCCCCAUUGGCUAAGGGCAAGGGUGGCAGCUCGGAUGAGACGGGAUAUGGGCAGUUGGGCAUGGGCUGGACUGUUGCCUACUAUGUCCUGCUCGUCAGUGGCGCGGUGGGGUUCUACUAUGCGCUGUGGCCGUUGUCGGAGUCCUUGAAUGCGCUGGCCUCUUUCUCGAGUCCGCAUAAGAGGACGUAA